AGCAGCCUCUCGUUCGACUCCUGCCCACCCGCCGGUGUGUCGAACGCACGCGACUGCAUAUCCUCCGGCAUGGAAUCCCACCCCGAUCCCAUCCCAGCGUCCGAAAGCACUCCACACGCCCUCCAGUGUCGCAUUUGUCAUCGCACCUUUGGCCGCGUGGGUCAUUUGAAGCGGCAUGAACGCACUGCGCACUCCAGCAGUCGUCCGUACGCCUGCCCCAAGUGUUCCCGCACCUUUUCCCGCCGUGACGCCCUAACCCGGCACGAGCAGUCGCAUCUCGACACGCCAACCCUUCUCCAACAGGGCAGUCGAGCCUGUACCCUAUGCGCCAACGCCAAGACUCGAUGCUCCGGCGGAUUGCCAUGCAAGCGGUGUCAUGAGCGCGGCUUUGGCUGCGUCUACCCUUCCAGUGGAGCCCCGGAGGUGAUGCAGACGCCGCAAAACGAGCCCGCCAGGAAUGACCUGACGAUGCCACUGGCCCCUCCGCUUCCCCUGGAGGAUUUCAUGACUGGGAUGACUGGUGUCGACGGUUAUCUGUAUCACGAUUGGGAUGCCGGCUUCUUUCACGAGACAAACUGGUUGGAGGCGCCGACAAUAGGAUCCGACGUCAAUCUAUCGCCAUUAUCAUCAAUAUUCUUAUCAUACUCCGAAGCAACAGGCUCUUUUGAAGAUGCGUCUCUCACUCAUGCCAGCGCUGAAGAGGUUCAGCCUCCCGUUGAAGCCGAGGGUGAAGAAGAGCGCACGGCUUCGGAAGAGGAUGUCGCCGCAGAAACGACGCGCAGCGGAGAGUACUAUGUCGACGGCGAGUCUGCACGCUUACCCAGGGUGAGACGACGAGUCGAGCGCAAAGCCAGCACCGCACCCGCGCAACCCACGUGGGCCGGAGCCUUCACCCUCCACCUUCCCGACGACAUCAUCCCGACAGACAUUGCGGGGUCAUAUCCCAUAUCAGACAACAACUACCGCUGGAUCCUGGGCUUUUAUAACCGCCUCUGUCGUCUGGAUAGCCCCCUGGGAGUCACUUUUGCCGAUCAUGACCUUCCCUCCAAGUCCGCCUUUGAAGCAUUGGCCGCGCUCUGCUGCGAAAAGUUUGUCCCUCACCUCCCAUUUCUACACUCGACCACAAUCAGCAACAGUGACAGGCACUAUUUGCUCGACCUGGCCUUGGCCGCGAUCGGAAGUCAAUACACCGGCAAUGCCUCCCUGAGCGUGUCGAUGCAUGAAUUCACCCGGCGAUGUUUACUCAUGAGCGAAGAAGACCCCAGCACUCCCACAGGACCGGAAACGGAUCUCGCAGCUGCACUCCUCCUCAACAUCAUCGGAGGAACAUAUUGUGGGGAUCUCAGACUGCGCCGUUAUGCCUUGCAGACUCGAAGUAAACUCACCUUUCAUUUCGACCGGCUUCGAGGGCAAAUUGAACAAUCGCUGGUAGAGUCGAACUUUUCCGAUUCGACGAGCAAAUGGCGGGCGUGGAUCGUGCAAGAAUCGUGCACGCGUCUCGCAUUUUCAAUCUGGCUCGUCGAUACCAUGCUCGUCACCCACUGCGACUCCUCCCCCACAUUCCGCCUGGAAUCCGUCCCCUUCUCCCUGCCCUGCGCCGAUGCACUUUGGCAAUGUGAGAAUGCAGAUACGUGGGAGAAGCUGUACAAAGCCCAGCAGUCCCCAACGACACUCAUGGAUACGCUGCAGAAGCUUUACUACAACAAACGAUUCUCCAUUAAGCAUACCGAGUUUGUGCGCGUCCUGACGAUACAUGGACUAUUCCACCGACUGUGGGAAGUCGAGCGCUACUACUCCGGAACUCUAUCCCACUGGGAGCCGUCAUCUGCCCGCCAAUCCGGCGCUCCCCCCUUUGCCAAAGUCUCCCCGUGGCUACCAGCCGUCGCCGCCUUCAAAACCUGGCAGAAUUCCAGCUGCGACGCCUUGGACGUCUUACACUGGCAAGCCAACAGUACAAUCGGACAAAUGCGAGGCCUCGAGCACCCCACGGUCCUCCAUCUCCACUUUGCACGCGUCGUCCUGCUAUGCCCUACUCACGACAUCAUCGCCCUCGCGCGUCACUUGACCUCGACCAACACAUCGCACACGGCAAUCAGCCGGGAUGAAGUGAACAAGGCGACGAAUCUGGUUCGUCGAUGGGCCGUACAUCACCAACCCAAGGCCCGUCUAGCCGCCAUCCAUGCCGGAACCACAUUCUGGCACAUUCGUCGCCACGGGACUGACGCAUUCCAUGAAGCCCCCGCUUUGGGACUGGCAACGCUGGUCCUCUGGGCAUUUUCAUUCUUCACCAGCAGAAAGUCAAACUCCGUCCGGACGACUCCAGCCUUGCCAAACCCGGCCGACCCCUCCCUCGCCGUCGGCCCCGAUGCUCCAGAUAAACAUCUCGACUCUACCGAAAGUGGCGAUAUUAUUUUAUUGGAUCGGCCGACCGACGACGAGCUUGUGCAAGCCUUUGUUCGCAACGGCACCGCCAUGCGACCAUUCAUGAGCGGCGUAGGCGAAGUCUUUGCCCCCGGAGCGCCACCCCGGAUUCUCGGCAAAGGGGUAGACCUUCUUCGCCAUCAAGGGUGCUGGGGUGGUGGCGAAUGGACGACCCUCCUCGAAUCGAUGCAAUUCAGCCGGCGCUUGGAUGCACGUUCUCAUUAGGCUGAAAAUGGUCUCGGCGGCGCAUUUACCGUCUACCCCACGGGGUCCCUUCUCCGCUUCCGGGGGGUUUCCACGCAACAAGUCGGUAGGCUCCGGGGGGCCCCUCGGCAGAUACCGACCGAACCUGGUCAUCCGACCGCACGACGAUCAUGAUCUACACACCUCCUUCUACAUACACCUCUGUAGAGUUUGCAAAACCAACGUCCUUGUUCAAA